AUGGCGCAAGCAGGUCCGGUGACGGACGUUGUACAGAGGCUCUUCGCAGAGCUCAAGUCCAAGAAUGAGGAGACGCGGGUCAAAGCUUCAUUCGAGCUCUACGACAAUGUCCUCACAGUCUCACGAGACUGGCCUCCCGAGAAGUUCCUCGAGUUCUACAAUGCUGUCAGCCAGCGCAUCGCGCAGCUGGUCGUAACAGGCAGCGACGCAAAUGAGAAGAUUGGCGGCCUUCUUGCCCUCGAUCGACUCAUCGAUUUUGAUGGAGUGGAUGCAGCUCAGAAGACCACGCGAUUCGCGAGCUACCUGCGAAGUGCUCUCCGAAGUAAUGACAAUGCGGUAUUGGUGUACGCUGCUCGGUCGCUGGGCCGACUGGCCAAACCGGGUGGCGCGCUGACGGCAGAGUUGGUGGAGAGCGAAAUCCAGUCGGCGUUGGAAUGGCUCCAAUCUGAGAGACAGGAGAGCAGGCGGUUUGCAGCUGUCUUGAUCAUUCGGGAGCUUGCAAAAGGUUCCCCGACGCUGCUCUACGGCUUCGUCCCUCAGAUCUUCGAGCUCAUCUGGGUUGCUCUGCGGGACCCCAAAGUGCUCAUCCGGGAAACUGCUGCAGAGGCCGUCAGCGAAUGCUUUGAAAUCAUCGCUGCUCGUGACAUCGGCGUCCGACAGCUGUGGUUUGCGCGCAUUUACGAAGAGGCGCUGCAGGGUCUCAAGUCCAGCAAUGUGGAUUGGAUCCAUGGCUCACUUCUCAUCCUGAAAGAGUUGCUUUUGAAGGGUGCCAUGUUUAUGAACGAGCACUACAGGAACGCUUGCGAGAUUGUCCUGCGCCUCAAGGAUCAUCGCGACCCAAAGAUCCGUACUCAAGUCGUUCUUACGAUUCCGGUCCUAGCAGCGUAUGCGCCUUUGGAUUUUACCAACAACUACCUUCACAGAUUUAUGGUGUACCUUCAGGCCCAACUGAAGCGCGAUAAGGAGCGCAAUACCGCCUUCAUCGCUAUCGGAAAGAUUGCGAAUGCUGUGGGCGCCGCCAUUGGGCAGUACUUGGACGCGAUAAUCGUCCAUAUCAGAGAAGGACUUGCGAUGAAAGCACGUAAUAGAGCAGCGGUCAAUGAAGGGCCGAUGUUUGAGUGUAUCAGUAUGCUCUCGUUAGCAGUGGGGCAGACACUCAGCAAGUACAUGGAAGCGCUACUCGAUCCCAUAUUUGCUUGCGGAUUGAGUGAGUCGCUCACCCAAGCUCUCGUCGAUAUGGCCCAUUAUAUUCCGCCCAUCAAAGCUACCAUCCAGGAAAAGCUACUUGACAUGUUGAGCAUCAUACUUUGUGGGACCCCAUUCCGCCCCCUCGGAUGUCCAGAGAAUAGGCUGCCACCUUUGCCCUCGUUUGCAAAGGAUUUCGCAGUUCAAGAACAACGUUCGGAUGCAGAAGUGGCUCUGGCUUUACAUACGCUGGGUAGUUUCGAUUUCUCCGGGCAUAUCUUGAACGAGUUUGUGCGCGACGUUGCCAUUAGAUAUGUCGACAGUGAUAAUCCCGAAAUCCGAAAGGCAUCGGCAUUGACGUGCUGUCAACUUUUCGUGCACGAUCCCAUCAUAAACCAAACCAGCAGCCAUUCGAUACAGGUCGUCGGUGAGGUGAUCGACAAGCUGUUAACGGUCGGCGUUGGUGAUCCGGAUCCAGAGAUUCGACGCACAGUCCUGUGGUCUUUGGACCGCAAGUUUGAUCGCCAUCUUGCUAAGCCGGAGAAUAUUCGGUGUCUUUUCCUGGCUGUCAAUGAUGAAGUCUUCGCCGUCCGAGAGGCCGCGAUCAGCAUCAUUGGACGUCUCUCCAGUGUUAAUCCGGCUUACGUUUUCCCACCCUUGCGCAAGCUUUUGGUCAAUCUCUUGACCGGCCUUGGAUUUGCAAGCACAGCUCGUCAAAAGGAGGAAAGUGCCCAGCUGAUCAGCCUUUUUGUUUCCAAUGCGACGAAGCUCAUCAGGUCCUAUGUCGAUCCGAUGGUCACAUCCUUAUUACCGAAGACUACGGAUCCAAAUGCGAGCGUCGCAUCGACUACGUUGAAAGCCAUUGGCGAACUGGCUAACGUUGGAGGGGCUGAGAUGAAGCAAUAUCUACCGCAGCUUAUGCCUAUCAUCUUAGAUGCCCUGCAGGACUUGUCUUCCCACACGAAGAGAGAGGCAGCUUUGCGAACCCUCGGCCAGCUUGCCAGCAAUUCCGGCUACGUGAUAGAGCCGUACACUGACUAUCCCCAUCUCCUUGCUGUACUAAUCAACAUCAUCAAGACCGAGCAGACUGGUUCGUUGCGUAAGGAGACGAUCAAGUUGCUAGGUAUCCUAGGUGCUCUGGACCCGUACAAGUAUCAACAAAUUAGCGAAUCGUCUCCAGAUAUCCACCAUAUCAAUGAAGUGCAGACAGUAUCUGAUGUCUCCCUCAUCAUGCAAGGGCUCACCCCCUCGAACGAAGAAUAUUAUCCUACGGUGGUUAUCAAUACCCUCCUGCAGAACAUUCUGCGGGAGAGCUCCCUGGCGCAAUAUCAUUCUGCUGUCAUUGAUGCGAUAGUCACGAUUUUCAAGACAUUGGGUUUGAAAUGCGUGCCUUUCCUGGGUCAAAUCAUUCCUGCUUUCUUGUCUGUCAUUAGGAGCUCUCCUGUUAGCCGCCUGGAGUCGUAUUUCAACCAGUUUGCGAUCCUGGUGAAUAUUGUACGCCAGCACAUCCGUGUGUUCCUUCCGGACAUCAUCGAGGUCAUUCGUGAAUUCUGGGACUCGUCCUACCAAGUGCAGGCGACCAUACUAUCGCUCAUGGAGGCGAUCUCCAAAGCGUUGGAAGGCGAGUUCAAGAAGUACUUGGCCGGUCUGAUACCCCUGAUGCUGGACACGCUGGAAAAGGACAACACGCCACGGCGACAGCCGUCCGAGAGGAUCCUGCACACAUUCCUCAUCUUUGGCUCAAGCGCAGAGGAGUACAUGCACCUGAUUGUUCCCGCAAUUGUCCGACUUUUCGACAAGCCUCAGAAUCCGGCGAGCAUCCGGAAAUCAGCCAUCGAGACCCUAGGGAAACUGUCCCGCCAGGUCAAUGUGUCCGACUUUGCAUCUCUCAUGAUUCAUUCUCUGGCUCGUGUUGUUGCUGGCACUGAUCGGGCUCUGCGACAGGCAGCUUUGGACUGUAUCUGUGCCCUGAUAUUCCAACUUGGGCAGGAUUUCAGUCACUAUAUUCAACUCAUCAGCAAGAUCUUGAAACAACACCAAAUCACCCACCCCACAUUUCAAACGCUGGUGUCGAAAUUGCAGAAAGGCGAAUCCCUUCCCCAGGACCUCAACCCCGAGGAGAACUACCGUACUUUGGCCGACGAUACCAACUACGGAGAAAUCGGCCAAAAGAAGAUGCUUGUCAACCAACAGCAUCUGAAAAACGCUUGGGACGCCUCCCAAAAGUCCACUCGCGAGGACUGGCAAGAGUGGAUUCGCCGCUUCAGCGUGGAGCUUUUGAAGGAAUCGCCCUCACCUGCACUGAGAGCAUGUGCUAGCUUGGCCGGAAUCUACCAGCCCCUGGCGAAAGAUCUGUUCAAUGCAGCAUUCGUCUCGUGCUGGACUGAACUGUAUGACCAAUACCAAGAAGAGCUUGUGAGGUCUAUUGAAAAGGCGCUCACUUCGCCGAACAUUCCUCCGGAAAUUCUUCAAAUCCUUCUUAACCUUGCCGAAUUUAUGGAGCAUGACGAUAAAGCCCUGCCAAUCGAUAUCCGGACGCUUGGGAAAUAUGCUGGCAAAUGUCACGCCUUCGCGAAAGCUCUCCAUUAUAAGGAGCUUGAAUUCGAGCAAGACCAGAACUCUGGUGCCGUGGAAGCUCUAAUCACCAUCAACAAUCAGCUCCAACAGUCAGACGCUGCUAUUGGAAUCCUUCGAAAAGCUCAGGCCUACCGUGACGUUGAGCUUAAGGAGACGUGGUUCGAAAAACUGCAACGCUGGGAGGAGGCUCUUGCAGCGUACAAACGACGGGAGAAGGUAGACCCCGAUUCCUUCGCUGUCACGAUGGGCAAGAUGCGCUGCUUGCAUGCUCUGGGCGAAUGGAAAGUUUUGUCCGACCUGGCACAGGAGAAAUGGAACCAAGCAUCUGUCGAGCACAGACGGGCAAUCGCUCCCCUUGCUGCCGCUGCUGCUUGGGGCCGUGGUCAAUGGGAACUGAUGGACUCCUAUCUCAGCGUUAUGAAAGAGCAGUCUCCUGACCGGUCAUUCUUCGGUGCUAUCUUGGCGCUCCAUCGCAAUCAAUUUGAUGAAGCCGCUAUGUACAUCGAAAAGGCACGAAAUGGCCUCGACACCGAGCUUUCUGCACUCCUCGGAGAGUCUUACAACCGAGCCUACGACGUGGUGGUCCGUGUGCAAAUGCUUGCUGAGCUUGAAGAGAUCAUCACCUACAAACAGAGUGUCGGUGAUCCCGAAAAGCAGCGAGCAAUGCGCGAGACUUGGAACAAGCGGCUCCUUGGUUGUCAGCAGAAUGUUGAAGUGUGGCAGAGGAUGCUCAAAGUCAGGCAACUGGUCACCACACCUCAGGAGAAUAUGGAUAUGCUGAUCAAGUUCGCCAACCUCUGCCGCAAGUCGAACCGGAUGGGUAUCGCUGAGCGCACCCUUGCCUCGCUGGAAGUUGAGGUUCAAGGCCCCAAUGGCGUAGAAACAAUUGCGCCUCCGGAGGUGAAAUACGCAAGGCUCAAGUUCGCUUGGGCUCAAGGCCAUCAGAUGGAAGCCCUGCGGUCGUUGAAAGAAUUUACUGCGUCCCUGGCAGAAGACUUCAACAAGUACAAUGCUCUUGUGGGCGCGCACGGUGACCACAAUGGAACAAACGGAGUGAACGGGGUUGCCGAAUCCAGCAAUCCAGACGUGAUGUAUUUGCGGCAACGUCUCGGGGACGUGAGCAAGGUCAGGAAGCUUCUUGCCAAGAGCUAUCUCAAAAUGGGUGAAUGGCAAACGGCCUUACAACGGGGAGACUGGAAGCCCGAGUAUGUCCGUGAGGUUCUCAAUGCGUACUUGGCUGCUACGCAGUAUAACCGGGAAUCUUACAAGGCUUGGCAUGCCUGGGCUCUCGCCAACUUCGAGGUUGUCACGACUCUCACUUCUCAGCAGAAUCGGGAUGGGUCAUCGGUGCCUAGCCAUAUCAUUAAUGAACAUGUCAUUCCUGCCAUCCGCGGGUUCUUCCGAUCCAUCUCCUUGUCGUCGACCUCUUCUCUUCAGGACACCCUGAGAUUGCUUACGCUGUGGUUCACCCACGGUGGUGACCAAGACGUCAACGCUGUCGUCACUGAAGGAUUCUCCUCCGUCAACAUCGACACCUGGCUAGCAGUGACGCCACAGCUGAUCGCACGCAUCAAUCAGCCCAAUGUGAGGGUACGCCUUGCGUUGCAUCGGUUACUCAGCGAGGUCGGCAAGGCUCACCCGCAAGCUUUGGUCUAUCCGUUGACGGUUGCAAUGAAAUCCAAUGUAGCUCGACGGUCCCAGACUGCCACUGCCCUCAUGGAGAAAAUGCGAGAGCACAGUGCCAAACUCGUGGAGCAGGCGGAUCUAGUGAGCCACGAACUGAUCCGUGUGGCCGUGUUAUGGCAUGAGCUCUGGCAUGAAGGCCUCGAGGAAGCGUCGCGGCUCUACUUCGGUGACCACAACGUGGAAGGGAUGUUUGCCACUCUUGCGCCUCUGCAUGAUCUCCUGGACAAAGGAGCUGAAACGCUGAGAGAGGUCUCGUUUGCGCAAGCGUUUGGUCGCGAUCUCGCCGAGGCGAAACAUUUCUGUCUCUUGUACCGCGAAACGGAGGAGAUCGGCGACCUGAAUCAGGCUUGGGAUCUUUACUACACCGUCUUCCGAAAGAUUGCCCGCCAGCUUCCGCAGCUGUCGACUCUUGAUCUGAAAUACGUGUCUCCGAGACUCAAAGAUGCGGUGGACCUUGACCUGGCAGUUCCGGGCACCUACCAACCUGGCAAGCCGGUUAUUAGGAUCCUCAGUUUCGACCCUAUCCUCCACGUUCUUCAGACCAAGAAGCGGCCGCGAAGAAUGACGCUCAAGGGAAGCGACGGGAACUCGUAUAUGUACCUUCUCAAAGGCCACGAGGAUAUCAGACAGGACGAAAGAGUGAUGCAAUUGUUUGGUCUGGUGAAUACUCUCCUUGACAACGACAGUGAAAGCUUUAAGCGUCAUCUGUCUGUCCAGCGAUUCCCCGCCAUUCCGUUGUCGCAGAAUUCUGGGCUGUUGGGCUGGGUUUCGAACAGUGACACGUUGCACGCUCUGAUCAAGGAGUACCGCGAGAGCCGUCGCAUUCUGCUGAAUAUCGAGCACCGCAUCAUGCUUCAGAUGGCGCCGGAUUACGACAAUCUCACACUUAUGCAGAAGGUGGAGGUGUUCGGCUAUGCGAUGGAUAACACGACGGGUAAAGAUCUCUACCGCGUCCUCUGGCUGAAGAGCAAGAGCUCCGAGGCCUGGCUUGAGCGACGGACCAACUACACGCGAUCUCUCGGUGUCAUGUCCAUGGUCGGAUAUAUUCUGGGGUUGGGUGAUCGACACCCGUCGAACCUCCUCCUGGACCGGAUCACUGGCAAGGUGGUGCAUAUCGACUUUGGUGACUGUUUCGAGAUCGCGAUGCACCGCGAGAAAUAUCCCGAGAGGGUUCCCUUCCGUCUCACCCGGAUGUUGACUUUUGCCAUGGAAGUCAGCAACAUCGAGGGCAGCUAUCGGAUCACCUGUGAGGCCGUCAUGCGUGUCAUCCGAGAGAACAAGGACUCCCUGAUGGCUGUUCUGGAAGCGUUUAUCCAUGAUCCUUUGAUCAACUGGCGUCUCGGGACCCGGGAAUCGCCUGCCCGGCCGUCGUUCUCGACCGUUGACCGUCGGCAGUCGAUGAUGGAAGAUGCGAACCUUGAACACGGGAUUCAACCGAGCAACUUCUCUCGUCCCCGUCGGCCAUCCAUCCUCGAGGGAGGAAUCCUGGAUGCACAGCAAGGGCCACCGAAUGAAGCACGCGAGGUGCAGAACGCGCGAGCGCUGCAGGUGCUUGCACGAGUGAAGGACAAGCUGGUGGGACGGGACUUCAAGCCGAAUGAGGAGCUCAGCGUGAGCGACCAAGUCGACAAGCUACUUGCACAGGCGACAAGUGUGGAGAACAUCUGCCAACACUGGAUCGGAUGGUGUAGUUUCUGUUCUCGUAAGCAGUGGAAUAUAGGAAUGCUUCGUUCGUACCUAGAGUAUACUCUGUACAGUCGACGGAUGAGUAUGUCGUCCGCUGCUCAACCCGCCCACGAACCUCCGGACCCCCAGGUCCACCCUCUGGUUCGCAACGCGCUUCGCGUUUCCCUGAGCGCGAAGGAGUACAAGCUGCUCCACGAACAUGUCCUGAAACGCACGCCAAACUCGGUCCAGAGCCGCGUGCCCACGCCGUCAAGAUACGAAGCCAUCGUCCAUUCGAAGGACAAGUACGGCGACGCUGCCAUCCGCGCCUCGUUGCGCGUCUUCUUGUUGACCGCAGCAGGGUCCAAACUGGCCGAGCUUGCUGUCCAGAGAAUCGGGGGGGACAGCGUGUCCAAGUAUGCCAUCGUUGUCCGCUUUAUCAUCGCUUGUGUUGCUGAUGACGGAGCUAACGCUCGACGCGAUAACAGGAGCAAGACUCGCACGGCUCUGAUCCGUUCUCCGACGUUUCGGCUGGCGCUGUCGCUGUCGCUCGUCCUGUUUAUCCACCGCAUCUUGCAUCGCUUCUUCGUUCGACUGCGAGCGAACCUUCGUACGGACGAUGCGCGGCCGUUCCGCGAGCGCAACCCGCGCAUUUCCCAGGCGCUGACCUCUCGAUAUGCGCCGGCUGUCGGGGCCAGCGUUGCCGGGUUUGCGCUGGGCAUCUGCCCGCUGAGCCGGUUGCGGAUCACGGUUGCGAUAUACACGGCCACCCGGAGCUUGGAGUUUCUGUACAAUGUUCUCGAUGAGCAGGGCUGGCUGGAACAGAAGCCCUGGUGGUUUGGCAGCUGGCUACUGAUGCCUGUGUCCUGCGCACAGCUGUUCCAUGCCUUUGUCUUUGACCGGGAAACUGUCCCCAAGUGGUUUGGGAAUGUGAUUUUUAGACUUUCCCCUAGCUACAUUCAGAGCCGGCCGGCCGGUUUCCCAGAGAAGCUUCACUGGCCAGACAAAUACGAGAUUGUUGACUCGCUGGCCACUAUUGCUGAUUUGAAGUGGCCAGCGUUUAUCUCCCCUAUUCUCCAUCCCACCAGACCGGAUACUCUACCCCGACCGGUCAAAUCCAUCUCGCCGGUGACCUCGCCAGCGCACCCGUCGAUCUCGUCUCUUUCGUGCGCCUUGCUGCAUCCCAAUACCCCGAGCUGCAGCACUGCAUUCCUGCACCAUCUCCUUCUCUCGAUUCCUCCACUUGCGAGGGUGCUGGCCAUUGCGACUCUGGCGCUGACGGCGCUGAAGUACAAGAAGUUCCUGGCGAGCCCUGUUUCUGCUACGAAUGCGGCGUCCAAACGCGUGCUUGCCUUGACGGCCGUGUUGUCCACCUCGGUAGGGUCCGCAUGGGGAAGUCUGUGUCUGCUGAAUAGCCUCCUGUCCCGUUCGACGCUCCCGACGAAGCGCUUCUUCAUCAGCGGCGCGAUCGCAGGGCUGCCCUUUGCAUUCCUCCGCCAGGGCCGGGGGACAUUCCUGUACAUAUUCCGGACAGCGGUCUACUCGGCCUGGACGACGGGAGUCAAACGGGGCCUGUGGCGGGGGUGGAAAGGAGGAGAGCUCUGGGUAUUUGUGCUGUCAUGGGCACUGAUGGGGUCCAUUCUGGAGGGCAAGCCAGGAGCGGUUGAGGGAGCCGGCAUCAGAAAGGGACUGGCAUGGCUCAGGGGGGAAGGGUUUGUAGAUCCGGUCGAGGUAGCGGCACGGCGGAAGAAGAAGGCUCAGGCAGGGCAGAAGAAGGCCCAGGCGGGUCUGGAAGCCAAGCCAUGA